GCUGAGGUAAGGGCGAUAAACAGCCGAGUCGGUAGCUACCCCCUGCGGGGAAUGGCUUGGCGGCCCGGGAGCGGCCCCUCGCCCCGAUCCAUUGCUGUCUGAUUUCAAAUUUCUCCAAGGAACAUUUCUAGCAGAAAUGGCAGAGAAAGUGAAUAACUUCCCUCCGCUCCCCAAGUUUAUUCCUCUGAAACCGUGCUUCUACCAGAACUUUGCCGAUGAAAUUCCCAUAGACUAUCAGAGUCUGGUGAAGAGAAUUUACCAUUUAUGGAUCUUUUACUGCAUCACACUAGUGGUGAAUCUAAUUGGCUGCCUGGCCUGGUGGAUUGGUGGUGGUUAUGGCGUUAAUUUUGGCUUGGCCAUCCUUUGGCUUUUUCUCUUCAGCCCCUGCAGUUACAUAUGCUGGUUCCGGCCUGCAUACAAAGGCUUUCGGUCUGACAGCUCUUUUAAUUUCAUGGCCUUUUUCUUCAUCUUUGGUGCCCAGUUUAUUCUGACUGUCAUACAAGCAAUCGGUAUCUCCGGCUGGGGAACAUGUGGAUGGUUGGCAGCCACUACUUUUUUUAGUACCAGUGUUGCAGCUGCUGUGUUCAUGCUGUUUCCAGCCAUAAUGUUUACGAUGUCAGCGGUUGCGAUGUCCUUCUAUCUCCUAAGGGUACAUAAAAUUUACCGAGGGGCUGGCGGAAGCUUUCAGAAAGCCCAGGAUGAAUGGAACAGCGGCUCAUGGAGGGACCCCCCGAGCAGGGAAGCUCAGUACAAUAACUUUUCUGGAAACAGUCUGCCACAGUAUCCCACGGUGCCCAACUAUCCCACGGGAAAUCAAUGGCCUUAAGCAGCAACAGCUGUCAAACUGCCUGGAUUAUCUUUUUGGGUCUCCUCAUUAUUUUUAUUAUUUGAAAAGAUCUUUUUUUUUUCCCCCAUCAUCUUUGGUUUUUUUAGUUCCCUCCUCCCCAUGACUGCAGAAAAUCUGUGCACUCAGCCUGUACUGCCUCCAGGGCUUUGCCCGUCUCUAUUGGAACGUUUUAUUUUGUGCACAGUUGCCAGUAUUUGCCUUGCUGCAAACCGCAGAACUAUUCGCUGCCCUUGCUUGGGGGAAUCCUCCAAUGAUCAGUACCUGGAAAAGGCUGAUUUUCCCCUCUGCGAAGAACACUUUAAGAUGCUCUUUCCCCUGCCCUCUUCAUUCUUAUCAGAUGCACAGUACACCUCCACCAUCUUCCUGUUACCGAGCAGGGGACAUAAUUGGAAAUGGGCAUCAACUGGCAUCUCCUGAUGAGUUGUCUGGAAUUUCUAUUUCUCAAAGGGAAAUGUCUCAUCUAUUUUAUUUUGUGCCUCGUAAGAUUGAAAUUGGCAGCCAGGGCUCCCUUUUUGUUCAUAAAACCCUUGAAGGUCUAAACCAUCUCUUGAGUUCUCUGUAGUGAGAGAAUACUUUAGAUAACUCUGCCCACAGUGAGUGAUUGCUGGACAUUGCAACUGAUUAGCAGAACCUGCACUCAGCUGGUGAGGUAUCAUUCUAUUAGAAUUCAUUUUCUCCACCCCCAAAGGUUUUUCUUAUGAUAGGGUCUACAUGUUUGAAAGUACCGGUUCAUCUCACUUGUCUAUAAUCCUUGCUUGCUAAUGGCCUGAUUGAAAGCCCAGUGGAAUCACUGACUUCAAUGGGCUUUGGUUCAGACUGCAUCGGUUAUAGUCACUCUUAUGUAGACAGCCAACACAAGACAUAGGCACACUUAAGUCCCACUUAUGCAGUGUCUAGGUUUUGUGCUGUCCCCACAUGUGCAGGCCCCUCUCCCUCCUGAUUGAAUCUCACCCCAUUGACAAACCCUUAUAAUGUAAAUAAUCUUCUGGCUACAGUUCUGUAGCCAGGUGGCGGAUAACUAUAAAUCUGAAUACUAAGACUGACUUGUGUGAUUUGGGAGUAACUCCGUUAAAAUUGAUGGAUCAGUCCUGAUUUAUUCUGACAUAGCUGACAUCUGAAUCUGAUCAAGUUUCUCAUGCUUGUGAAUUGUUCUCCUGCAACAUGUCACCUGUUAGUUUACAAGACUAUUAAGCAUUUUGUAGUCUAUCCUUUAUUUAGUCAUGCAGGACCACUCCCCAUGUAUACAGCUCUUCUCUCUACUUCAGCAUGCAGGCAGAGAGAGGUGGAAUUAUCUUUCCCUAAGAAGUUGGUUGAGGGGAAGAUAAAGGUUCUGUUGAGAGGGUCUUUUCUUGCUGAGAACGAGGCUUUGUCUACACUACAAAUGCUUUGCUGGCCUAGCCGUACUGACCAGAGCACCCUAGUGUAGACAUAGCGUAUGGCGACAGAAGUUUUUCUGUUGGCACAGUAACACCACCUCGCUGAAUGACAUUAGCUGCGUUGACAGAAGCACUCUAAUGCCUGCUUAGCUGUGUUUGUACUGGGGGGGGUUGCUGACAUAUCUAUGUUGGCUGGGGUGAUGUUGAUUUGUUUUUUGUUUCACACCCCCAUCAACAUAGCUAUGCUGGCAAAACUUUGUAGUGUAGACCUGGCCAUAGUGUGUGUCAUGGUGCUGACUUCCAUCCUUUUAUCUAUUUCUCAUGUCACAAGUACUGGAAUCUGUAGGCAGAGCAGUCGAAUUCCUUUCCAUUUCGUACUAUAUCAUCCCAAGCAAUACAAGCUACAGUUUCCCGUUUCUCCUUAAAAAUCUGCUACUCUAUGUUGAGAUUUUUUCCAAUCAGCCUGUGAGACUUGGAUGCCCAAUUUCCGUUAAUUUUUAUGGGAACUGAGCCUCCAAAACCCUGCAGCAGCUUUGAAAGCCUCUGCUAAAGAUCCCCUGAGGUGCUAAAAGCCUUCAACUUCCGAAGGAGACAUGAGGGAGGUUUUGUAUUUGUUCAGAUCUGCAGACUAGUGCUGGAUUCUGCUCUGUCGUGUUGAUGUGAAUCCAGAGUAACUCCAUAGCUAACAGUGGAGUUAUGCCAAAUUUACACGGGGUAACUGGAAUCAGAAUCUGCUCCUGAAAGGCUUAGAAAAGGUCUCCAAGCUGGAUGGAAUCCAUUUGCAAAUGAUCCUUUGAAAAUGGUCUCAAUAUACAAGUGCCUUAUUCAAUAAUAUAUUAGCUCUUAGGGGAGAGUUCUUCUUCCCUCAGUGCCCCAUUCCCCAUUUUGUUUAGUCUUAAUUUUUUUCCCUAUAUGCAUAUAUUGUAAAUAUUAGGUAACUGAAAUGCAUUACCGUGGGAUUUGUGUGACAUCUUUGUUAUCAGAUGGGCCAAAGGAAAAGCAACUGAUUAACACUGGAGGCCAAAGCCUCCUUGAACUUCAGUUUAAAAGCAACAUUUCCCAUUGCUGCAAAGCCAGCCCUUUGCUGGGCCUCUCAAAAUAUCUUUCUAACGCAUUCCUAACGCAAUGACUUGUGUAUGUGAUUUGCUCAUAAACACAAGGACAGAUGCUUGGAGCUUUGCUAACAGAAUACAGUCCAAUCAUGUUGCCGAACUUUUAGUUGCCUUCAUCUUGCAUAGAGUGUUGUGUGGCUUUUCUUUGCGUGCUUGCCAUCGAAAGGGUGGUGAAAGAGAACUGCCUGUCAUUUAACUCCCUGGAAAUACGAACAUGCUGCCCAGGGGAUGGGUCAAAAUUCCCAGUGCUUGGAUCCUGUUAACGAAAACGGGAGUCCUGCCUGUAAUUUGCCACAUUGGGAAGCCUGAAUAUGGCGUGCCUGCCUAAUCUCAUCCUUGGAGGUGUGGCAUAUCCUCCGCCCCUCUUGGCCAUUCUUUUCAAUAUGGGGUGACUGAGGGUGAGUCGUAAUUCCAGAAAGUUGACUCAAUCAAUGUGCUGCCAGAACUGUUGUGGCUUAUUUUUGGAAUCAUAGCUAUAUUUUUAUAAAUGUAAUGUUUACAUUAGAUUUCCAAGGAACUACCAACGUUUUGGAGAAUUGUUAACCUGGACUUAGCCAACUUUAAUUUUUGUUCUGCAUCAUGUUAUGUGGGAUGCUUUGUGUCGUCUGUGGGGUUCUUUGUUGUUUUCCUUGCAGGCGUCAAAUAAAUCCUCAUUCUAUACACCGUGAGAAGAGCCUGGCUACCUUGGAGGUGUGUAUGUAUUCAUGAUGGUUGGAAGAAAAUAGUGAGGUCUAGUUAUCCCCGUUCAGUAUUUCCCUCUCUUAGAAAACGCCAAAGCCUUCUGGGAAAUAGGGGGUUUGGACAAGUAAAGGAACAAUGCAUUGUGGGUGAAAUUCACCCCUUUGCUGGGAGCCAGUGCAAGGCAUAUGCACUAUUUAAUUUAUCCUCUUUUCGCGCUUUUCAACUAUAGAACUUUGCAAAGUCCUUUACAAAGGAGGUCUCGUUAUCCCCAUUGUGCAGAUGGGGAAACUGUGGGCA